CAGCCGCGGUAGGGACGGUGUCGGGUCUUGUGUGACACCCCUGCCUGCCUCCCUUCAUCCUUUCCCGGCUUAUCUGACCGGUCACCGCUGCCGUAGGUUCGGGGCGUGGGGCUUGGGUGAGUCCGGGCCAGAUUUUUCCUGACACCUUGAACAUGAGUCCCACACAGUGGGACUUCCCUGUGGAAUUAUGUUGUCGACCUAUGGCUUUUGUUACUCUUACGGGCCUAGAUGUAGUUUAUAAUGCUGUACAUCGAGCUGUUUGGGAUGCUUUCUGUGCCAAUCGGAGAGCUGAUCGAGUACCAAUUUCUUUCAAGGUUCUUCCAGGUGACCAUGAGUACCCCAAAUGUAGACCCAAGAGAACUUCAUAUGAAUGGUAUAUUCCUAAAGGAGUCUUAAAGACUGGCUGGAUGAAUAAGCAUCUGAAUCUGGUGCCAGCCCUUGUGGUUGUGUUCUAUGAACUGGACUGGGAUGAGCCUCAGUGGAAAGAAAAGCAGUCUGAAUGUGCUACCCGAGUGGAAAUAGUCAGGCAAAGUUUACAAGGAAGAAAUACAAAAGUUGCAGUGGUUCUGAUUCAGAAGAAAACUCCUUUACCCCCAGGAGAAGAUGUCAUUGCAUCAGAAAGGGCUGCAGCUUUAUGUAAUGCGUGUGAACUCUCAGGAAAGUCUUUGUUUGUACUACCCCACACCGACCACCUUGUGGGUUAUAUUAUAAGAUUAGAAAAUGCCUUUUAUGAACAUGCACAGACUUAUUAUUACACUGAGAUCAGAAGAGUGAAAUCUCAUAAAGAAUUUUUGAAUAAAACAACACACCAGCUUUUAUUUGUUAGACAUCAGUUCAAAAUAGCUUUCUUCAGUGAAUUGAAACAAGAUACACAAAAUGCUCUGAAGAAUUAUAAGACCGCCUAUAAUCUUGUACAUGAAUUGAGAGCCCAUGAAACUAAUAUUCUGGAAAUUAAGACUAUGGCAGGAUUUAUAAACUACAAGAUUUGUAGGCUGUGUUUUCAGCACAACACCCCAUUGGAUGCAAUUGCUCAGUUCCGAAAACACAUCGACUUGUGUAAAAAAAAAAUUGGAAGUGCCGAGUUGUCUUUUGAGCAUGCUGCAUGGAUGUCUAAACAAUUCCAGGCCUUUGGUGAUUUAUUUGAUGAGGCUAUUAAAUUAGGAUUGACAGCUAUUCAGACCCAGAAUCCUGGUUUCUAUUACCAGCAAGCAGCAUACUAUUCUCAGGAGCGGAAACAGCUUGCGAAAACCCUUUGUAACCAUGAAGCAUCUGUAAUGUAUCCCAGUCCUGAUCCCUUAGAAACAGAAACAGGUGUUCUUGACUUUUAUGGACAAAGAUCAUGGCGGCAAGGAAUACUAAGUUUUGAUCUUUCUGACCCUGAAAAAGAGAAGGGAGGAAUUCUUGCCAUUCAGCUGAAGGAGAGAAAUAUUGUUCACUCUGAAAUAAUAAUAACUCUUCUGAGUAAUGCUGUUGCACAAUUUAAAAAGUAUAAGUGUCCAAGAAUGAAAAGUCAUCUAAUGGUUCAAAUGGGAGAAGAAUAUUAUUAUGCAAAGGAUUAUACCAAAGCUUUAAAGCUGCUGGAUUAUGUGAUGUGUGAUUACCGGAGUGAAGGAUGGUGGACUCUCCUCACAUCUAUAUUGACCACAGCUCUGAAAUGUUCCUACCUCAUGGCCCAGUUGAAGGAUUAUAUUACUUACUCCCUGGAACUCCUUGGAAGAGCAUCAACUCUGAAAGAUGACCAGAAAUCUCGGAUAGAAAAGAACCUCAUAAAUGUUUUAAUGAAUGAAAGUCCUGAUCCUGAACCUGACUGUGAUAUCUUAGCUGUGAAGACUGCUCAGAAGCUGUGGGCGGACCGUGUUUCUCUGGCUGGCAACAAUGUUUUCACAAUAGGAGUACAGGACUUUGUACCAUUUGUACAAUGCAAAGCCAAGUUUCAUGCUCCAAGUUUUCAUGUUGAUGUUCCUGUUCAGUUUGAUAUUUAUCUGAAGGCUGAUUGUCCACAUCCCAUUAGGUUUUCCAAACUCUGUGUCAGCUUUAACAAUCAGGAAUACAACCAGUUCUGUGUACUAGAAGAAGCAUCCAAAGCAAGUGAAGUUUUAGAAAAUUUGGCUCAGGGAAAAAUAUGCUUAGUUCCUGGUAAAACGAGAAAAUUUUUAUUUAAGUUUGUUGCAAAAACUGAAGAUGUGGGAAAGAAAAUUGAGAUUACUUCAGUGGAUCUGAUUCUAGGCAAUGAAACAGGAAGAUGUGUAGUUUUAAAUUGGCAGGGAGGAGGAGGAGAUGCCGCUUCUGCCCAAGAAGCCUUACUGGCAGCGCGUUCUUUCAAAAGACGGCCUAAGCUACCCGACAGUGAGGUUCCCUGGGACAGCAUAGUCAUUCAGGCAAGCACAAUGAUCAUUUCCAGAGUUCCAAACAUCUCUGUAUGUCUGCGGCAUGAGCCUCCUGCCCUGACUAAUGAAAUGUAUUGUUUGCUUGUGACUGUUCAGUCCCAUGAAAAGACUCAAAUCAGAGACGUGAAGCUCACUGCUGGUCUAAAACCAGGACAAGAUGCCAAUUUAACUCAGAAAACUCAAAUGACUCUCCAUGGAACAGAACUAUGUGAUGAGUCCUACCCUGCUUUACUCACUGACAUUCCUGUUGGAGAUUUACAUCCAGGGCAACAGCUGGAAAAAAUGUUAUAUGUUCGUUGUGGAACAGUGGGUUCAAGAAUGUUCCUUGUGUAUGUUUCUUACCUGGUCAAUACAACUGUUGAAGAAAAAGAAAUUGUUUGCAAAUGUCACAAGGAUGAAACUGUAACAAUAGAAACAGUCUUUCCAUUUGAUGUUGCAGUUAAAUUUGUUUCUACAAAGUUUGAGCACCUGGAAAGGGUGUAUGCUGACAUCCCCUUUCUGUUGAUGACAGACAUUUUAAGUGCCUCACCAUGGGCCCUCACUAUUGUAUCCAGUGAGCUACAGCUUGCACCUUCUAUGACCCCAGUUGAUCAGCUAGAGUCCGAGGUGGACAAAGUUGUCUUACAGACUGGAGAGAGUGCUAGUGAAUGCUUUUGUCUUCAGUGCCCAUCUGUUGGAAAUGUUGAAGGUGGAGUAGCAACUGGGCAUUAUAUUAUCUCCUGGAAGAGGACUUCGGCCAUGGAAAACAUCCCUAUCAUCAGUACUAUCAUCACUCUGCCACAUGUGAUUGUAGAAAAUAUUCCUCUCCAUGUGAAUGCAGACCUGCCGUCAUUUGGACGUGUCCGAGAGUCUUUACCUGUCAAGUAUCACCUGCGGAAUAAAACUAGUUUAGUUCAAGAUGUAGAAAUUUCUGUGGAACCCAGUGAUGCCUUCAUGUUCUCAGGUCUGAAGCAGAUUCGAUUACGUAUACUACCUGGCACUGAACAGGAAAUGUUAUAUAAUUUCUAUCCCCUAAUGGCCGGAUACCAGCAGCUGCCAUCUCUCAACAUCAACUUGCUUAGAUUUCCUAACUUCACUAAUCAGCUGCUCAGACGUUUUAUACCUACCAGUAUUUUUGUAAAGCCACAGGGUCGGCUCAUGGAUGAUAACUCUGUUGCUGCUGCAUAGUGUUCAAGACUGGCCCUUGGCUGUUCUGAGAGAGAAGUCAGGCAGAGCUAUAUAGGUUUUCAUUGUGAACUAUAACUUUGUUCAUGGUAAAAAGUUAUCUUGUCUAUUUUUUAAUGAAUGGUAUACCAUCUGUUCAGAGGAACUCAUAAAAUAUUAAGGAAAUCUAUCCUCUUUAUUUUCACUAAUAAAUAUUUGAAACUGUCGGUGCUACAUGAAAGGAUGUCAGACCAUUGUUAUUAUUGGAGUUCAUUAAUGAAUAGUAAAUUCUUUAAAAAGUAAGUGAUUUGCAUGUAUAAUAUCAGAGGAGAAAAGUUAAGCAUCCUAAAUAUGGCUGAACAAAGACAGGAAAAAUCUUCUGAGUUUCUUUUCAGAGUUGUCUAAACUGGAAAUACAUCCAUCUUCAUAGAGUUAAUGUAUGCUCAGACUAGAUCACAACAACUUAUAAGCAAUUGUAUGACUGAUAGAGAAAGCUUUCAGAAAGUUUUAAGCAAGCAAUUUAAACAAGUUGUCCAAAAAAUAUCUUUCUUUACCACUAAAACAUAUCAAAUAGAUUCAGCUUGCAGCCAAAAUGUGAAUCUCUUAUGAAACAGGUUCACAUUUAUAAGUGUGUGAUUAUAAGCAUGAUUUCCUAAACUAAGAGGUUUUGGAAAAGAUAUAAGGUCUAAGUAAGAGCUUUAAGUUGUGCUGUGCAGUUUCAAAGAAACUAUUGAAAGCUCUUAAUUCAUGUAAAUAAAAAUCUUAAUGUGAAGAUUUUCUUUGUUAAAAUAUCUUAAUAAUGUAAAACUACCUGGUUUCCUGGAAAAUUUUAUUAUUUAACAUGUAGGAGUUGUAAAAAGGAAAUAAGUGAUGUAAAUAAAUUUUAUUCUCUUUCAAAUAUACUUGUAUAUAUCUUUUAUUAUUUUGAGCUUGUUUGAUAUCAACUUCACAAAACAGCUUUACUAAGAACACUAUUCAUCAAGUAUAGUGAGGAGCAUUUGUUCCAUUCCUGCCCUGAAUGUCAAAGCCCUUGGCUUACACACACGUGUGUACGUGCAUACAUACACCUGAGCAUGCACACGAAUAUGCAUGUGUGCAUGAAUACAAACAGCCACAGCAGCAACAAAACUGAAAGCAGUGGGUACUCUUUUGAGGAUUGGAAGUUGGGAGAUCUGCAUUCUAGAACUGGCUCUGCUAACUUCUGGGGACUUUGGGCAAUGGAAUAGGCUAUCUUGGAGAGGAGUGAGUUCCUUCUUACCACAGCUGUUCAGGUAGAUGCCACAGGAGCAUGACUCUGGAGGCACAGUGUCUCCGCUCAAAUCCCAGCUCUGCUACCUACUACUGGGUGACUUUGUUCAAAUUAUUUAAGCUUUGUUUAUCUCAGAUUUCUUAUCUUGAAAAUACAGAUAAUAAUAAUUAGCUCUCAUAGGCUUGUUAUGAGGAUUUAAUAUAUGGAUACUUGAGAAGAGCUUGGAAUAGUGCCAAAGUUAGUACUUUACCAGUGUCAUCUGUGUUAUAAUUACUUGUUAUGGGAAGGCUGAAGAGGAUAUGUAUGUGUCUGCUGGAUGGGUCUGUGUUUAUUAGACUUUGUUGUCCGUCACCUACAAGAGAUACAUUUUAUGUAAUGCAGUAUAUAAAAAUGUACAUAUAUAUUUGUGUGUGUGUAUAUGUAAAAUAAAUAUAUUCAUUUACAAACAAAAGUUUCAUGGAAGUAAUGCAUGCUAUGCACUCAUAUUCUGUGGUUGUAACCAGCUGAAUUGAUUUCGUGACCCACUAAUGGGGUGUAACUUGCCAUUUUAAAAUACUGAACAAAGAUCUUUAAGGUCCCUUUGAAUUCUGCAGUUCUUUGAUUCUAUGCUUUUAUAACAAAGACUUCAUGUGCCAUUGUCUAAACAUGAAAUGUACAUUUGAACAAAUUGAUCAUUGACAUAUACACUAAAAUUACUAACUGAUGUCAGUGUGACUCAUGUUAACUGUGUAUGCCGCUUGAAAUAUGUACUAAAUAAACAGGUC